CCAUCAUCGACUCUAGGGAGAAAAUCAUCAUUACCUGUUCAUUUUCCUCGCACACUCACAUCUCCUCCCUGUCGUCCCUUGGACCGUGCGACUAUUCGCCCCUCUUACUAACCUAUUAAUCUAAUUUCCCAGCUGCAUCUCCCUCGCUUGUGUCCCUGGGCUCGUCAUACAUCUCGCGGCUUCGAACUAUCUCUUCACUAUCGACUAUUCCCGCCCCCCCCGCCCCCUCCUCACAUCUGGGUAAAAGCCAUCCAUGCCUGCGUCGUCGCCAAGGGAAGAAUGACCACAUCUCACCAAGAUCUCCAUCCCUCGAGGCAAUCAUCAACAAUCGCUUUGGCUUCAAGGGUUGCCGUGUCCUUGGACUCUUGUCACUGACCCCGCCCCCAAUCAUCACCUUCCACCUUCAUUACGGCCGGGGUCGCCAUCGUCAUCUCGACAAUCAUCACCCGUACUACUGCUACGAAUACCAGCAUCACCCUCAUACGAUAGCCCGCCAUGCUCUCCCAUCUUCGAUUUCACCGACGCGGCGCCUCCAACCCUACUUCGCCAAACCCAGACCGUGACCGAGACCCGUCCGUCUCGAACCCUUCAUCGGCAUCGCGAUGGGAUCCCGCCGCUUCCCCCCAGCCUCAACAACCCCCUCUACUCUACGAGCCGCCCUUCAAUUCCGACCACACCAACUCCCACACCCACAACGACGCCUUCGGUCGUCCACAUUCUUCUUCCAAUGCUUCUUCUCUUCCCCCGAUUUUGCCUCCCAUCACGCGGGUUACGUCCUCCGACUCCGACACAGCCAUCCUCGACUUUCCGUCCUUUGAUACCUUUUCUGCCCCCGAGCCCGCCGAGUCCAAAACGUCGCGCCAGCCGCCUCCCGCUAGACCAUAUCAUGACGACCCGGAUAGAGGCUUUAUGGGCGGUGUCGCCCUGCAAAAGUACCGUCGCGAACAACAGCAGAAAUUGCACCAACAGCCUGUCACUGCUCGGAAACCCAGCGACACCGACACCCUGAGCUCGGCCCCCUCCUUCGCGACGCCCACUGACCUGCAGCAUCAGAGCCGUCAGUCCAAGCAACAGGAACAGCAGCAGCAGCAGCAGCAGUCAUCGCAACAACCUUCAGCCACCAACGGCAACGGUCGUCGUCCCGCCAAUAGCAGGCUGGCCGUUGAACCCGCCACAUCCGCCUCUCAACUUAGCCCUACCGUUCCUCACGAGAUUACGCCAGUGGCGGCGCCCAAGGGCAGAAAAGGGUUGCCGUUCCUCAAGAACCCCAUGUCCACCCUUCUCUUGCGCCGCAAAGCCAACCAGAAUGCCCCUGACGUCACGCCCUUGCCUCUCCAUAGCACCCUUGACCACCCAUCGUACGAGUACGAUCCUCGAAUCCGGGGCACACGAGUCCACGAUUUCAGUGCCCCCCGUUUGACCAGGAAACCGGUGCCGUCGCCCCGCCCGCCCGAGCCUCCCGACAGCCACAGCCGAAGCCACAGCCACAGCCACAACCAUGGCCACGACAACAGCGAGCGCCUCCCGCUCCCCAAAGCCUUCUCGCAUGAUACCUUGGUCCCCGGCCACCGCGCCGACCGAACUCGGAACACGAGCAACGCCUCCGACUCGGGCCGCCAGUCCACCUCCUUCGGCACCACUUCUCAGUUGUUGUCCGAUGCGAGUAGCAACAUCUCCCCCCAGAAGAGUCACGAGAGGAAAGGGAGCUCCAACUUGGACUCCAAACCAUUACCCGGCGAACCGCCCAGCGUCCCCCCCAAGGAUCAAACCGCCACACCUUCUGGUCGCCAGUCCUCGACCUCGACCUCGACCGCGACGUCAACGCCCGUGGCCCAAGAUGCGGCUUCCGCUCUGGAAAAGUCCCGCGCCUCGACGCGGACCACCCCGUCGCGCAAUGCCUCUGGGGCCGGCGUCGCGACCAACAACCUCCCGCCGUCCAUCCCACGACACAUGAAGAGCACUUCUUCCCGUUUCAGUUUCGACAUGAUCGGCGCGGCAAGGCAGGAGAAGCUCCUCGAAGACAGGCACCGCCAGCAGGCGAUGGAGAGGCAGACCUCUGACACCGAGCCGAAUCGGAAUCCGACCCGGGAUUCGCGCUUUGACGAUUUCGACGACGACGACGACGCCGCCGCCUUUGACUACGAUGCGAUGAUGGAUGAUGAUGACGGACUGGAAGAGCGUAUUCCUGGCGUGAAUGCAGAUUAUGACGACCUAGAAGAACCCAUCCCGGGGGUUAAUGUCGGUUAUGGCGACCUAGAAGAACCGAUCCCCGGGGUCAAUGUGAAUUAUGACGGCCUAGUCGACGUAAAGAAGCGGCACGUAGUCACUGACCCCGCCCCCGAAAGAGAUCCGGAUGACGAUCAGGAGAAUUUUGCCGGCUUCGUCUUCCAGCGGUCCAACGGCGCUUCACCGCUUACCAGCCCGCGGGAUGCCGUCUGCGUGGUCACCCCGAGGGAUGCGGAGGGAAAUGUCAUCGGGUAUGCUACGUGUGAUGACACUCCGCAUCUGCAGCUUCCGACUUUUCAUAAUCGUCACACCGAGGAAACAACUCCUACAGCGAAGUCGCCGCCAGGUUCUGAUGCUCCAGUUACCGAUUUGGCAAUUCAGGGUCUGGGUAUUAGACACGAUGCCAACGUCUCCAGCUUCACGACCACCGAUCAAAAUUCGCGUGUGCCCACAACCCAUGACGAGUCUCAGUCCUCAUAUCCUCCAAGAACGGGCAGAGAAGACGACAUGUACUACGAUGGCGGGCUUCUCGACGACGUGGACGAAUUUGCAGGAGAAGGGGAUGGGUCCACCUUUGACGAGUCGCUCUUUGACCUAGAUGACACCGAUCGGUACGGUCGUCCUAUUCCGGGAGCCUUCGCGGCCGCCAAAGCAGCACGAGCUGCAGCCGCUUUGGCAGCGGCAGCAGCGGCAGCAGCCGAGGAGCAAGGGAAACGGUCCUCGGACAGCACGUCUCGCAUGUCAACGCAGUCGGAGACGGCGCCGCCGUCCACGGCCCACACAUCGGUGAGCAUCGGCCUACAGCCCGCCCUUGCCAUCGUGGAGGCGAAGCGCGGGAGCAAGAGCGAGAGCAAGAGCGAGAGCGAGAGCGACAGCCGAAGCAGACUCCAGUCGCAGCCCAGCAUCGUUUCAGCCGACCGUGACAAGGUGGCCGCCUAUCAGGCGGCACUAGCGGCAGCGGCUCAUCAAGCGGCUGCCAGUGGGAAAUUCCGACGAGACUCAUCUCCACCGCCAGGCGAGCUCUCGACGUCGUCGACACAGCAACCUACGCAGCCGAGGGACGCCACGGAAGAUUCAGGCUUCGAAUCCUUUGACGACUUUGGCGACGACGAGUGUUCCCACUUGGACGACUACGGGUUCGACGACGACGCCAUCAUCGCCGAAGCCAACGCCGACGCCCUCGCCAACGACUCCGACGGGUGGUACGGCACCGAAUUCGGGUUCUACUCUUCCGCCCCGGUCCCCCCUCGUCACAGCAGGGAUAGUUCCAGCGGGUCGGACAGGCCGCCGUUCGAGUACGCCAACGGAGGCUUCUUCGGGCCGGCGGGCGUGAGCCGCACCAAGUCCGGACGGGUGGUGUCGCGCGAGCCGAACCUGACGCCCAUCACGGAGCGGUCCGAGUACUCGAACCGCAACUCGGUCAUGAGCCUGGCCGUCCCGCCCCUGGGAUCCAGCGCGUCCGGGUUGACGAGCCCCGGGCUGGCCCAGCUCGCCAUGAUGUCGGACGGCGACGACAGCAACAUGAGCCUGUCGGCGCUUAUGCGGCUGCGGUCCAAGGCCUGGGGCGGGUCGCAGGCCAGCCUGACGUCCAGCAAGGAAGGUUCGCCGAGGUCGGAACGGGGCGACGGCGCCGGCUCGCCGUGGAACCUUGGGGCUCCUUUCGCUCAUGGUCACGGUCACGGUCACGGUUAUGGUCACGCGCGGAAGAACUCGGCCUUGUCUAUCCAGAGCCGCGAUUACGACUCGUCCGACGCCGGGAGCGGGUCUGCGUCUCCCACCAUGACCAUGGCGGCGCCUUGUUCUGUCUCCUACCUCGGCUCCCCUUCGUCCCAGGCUGUGACCGCUCCGUCGCUGCUGCCGUGCAUGGUCCCCCUGAGUCCGUUGGGUUUCCCGGCACCUGUUGGCACCUUUUCUUCGACCGUCUACAGCGAAUCCACGCUCGAGUUGGAAGACAAGGAUGAUGGCAGUCACGACGUCACGCGGCGCCGUCCGGGCAUGGGACAUGGGCACAAGGGCUCGGCGGAGAGCGUGUCGUACGUCACGGAGAAAGGAGGAGGAUGGCGGCGAGGAGAGGUGGAUUGUGGGAAAACGGUACACGGCUGAGACGGGGGAGGUGGAAGUUGAGAGGGAAGUUCUGGAACAGGGCCGGAUCUAACUGGCUUGAGGACUGUUUUGGUUAUCGUGGCGCAAGUCUACAGCGCGCGCGAUACGGCGUUUGUUGGAUCGUCACUCGAUCUAUACUGGACAAUGCGUUCAGUGUUGGAUAUGUAUGGAGUUGGAACAGAGCUAGGGACCGUCCAGGAUCUGUUGGAGGCGAAGGGAGUUGUAAAAGCGAUCAAUGCUGGGACUGAUGUGCUGUGUUAUCUACUACAUGAUAUAUAGUAAGGUAAUGUAAUGUAAUGUAAUGUAAUGAAAUGAAUGAUGAGAAGUAGCAGAAGGAUCAGGACAGGACAUUGUUCCGGAGUCGAGAGGCAUCCGUGGACGGUGGAAUACACCGGA